GUCGUAGAGAAUAAUCCGAUGGUUGCCAUUCAGUGCUUGCUUAAGCUCAUGGGAUCACCGAUUCUCCCGGAGUACCUCUCCGCUCUUGUGAAAAUGGACAUGUCACUCCACUCGAUGGAGGUAGUUAACCGGCUCACGACUGAUGGGAUGGCUGAACUUCCCGCCGAAUUUAUUCGUGUGUAUAUUUCCAACUGCAUCUCCUCGUGUGAGAACAUAGAUGACAAGUACUAUCAGAAUCGCUUAGUGCGGUUAGUCUGUGUUUUUUUACAGUCUCUGAUAAGGAACAAGAUUGUAGACGUCAAUGAUCUUUUCGUUGAAGUGCAGGCUUUCUGCAUCGGGUUCUCUCGCAUUCGAGAGGCGGCUGGCCUCUUCAGAUUGCUCAAGACGUUGGAGUAG